AUGGCCAUUUCCGUCUCCAUUACGGGGACUUGUAUCGUUCUCUCAUCCACCCUCCUUCUCGCCACCUUUGUCGGCUUCACACUGUUCGCCAAGAUGGAGGACUUCCAGUCUGAGACGGACAGCGACUACACCAGUUACUGGAGAGACUGGUUCAUCUCCUCCCGAGGCAACGAGUACUUCUGCGAAAUCGACGAAGAGUACAUCACGGACCGGUUCAACCUGACGGGCCUGAACACCGAGGUGCACUACUACCAACACGCGCUGGACCUGAUCACCGACGUCUUCGACCUGGACUGCGAGGACGACAUGCGCGAGACGAUCGAGAAGUCCGCCCGCCACCUCUACGGCCUGGUGCACGCGCGCUACAUCGUCACGACCCGCGGCCUCGCCAAGAUGGUCGAGAAGUUCAAAAAGUCCGACUUUGGCCGCUGCCCGCGCGUCAUCUGCGAGAGUCACCCCCUGUUGCCGUUCGGUCCCAGUGACAAUCCGGGCCUGAAGACGGUGAAGCUCUACUGCGCCAAGUGCGAGGACAUUUACAAUCCGAAAUCCAGCCGCCACGCCAGCAUCGACGGCGCCUACUUUGGCUCCUCGUUCCACAACAUCCUGUUCCAGGUCUACCCUGCCUUGGUCCCGGUCAAGUCGCGCCGCCGCUACGAGCCCAAGGUCUUCGGCUUCAAGGUCCACCACGCGGCCGCGUUGGCGAGGUGGCAGGAUAUCGUGCGCCGGAACCAGCGCAAGAGACUUGAGGAGGCCGGCGUCGUGGCGGAAGGUCAGCAGUUGUUCAUUGAGGACGCUGAGAGCAGUGAUGGGGCCGUCGACGAUCGCGCCGUAGACAUGGAGGAUGACGAGGCCGACGCUACCGUCGCUGCCGGUGGCGAGGUCGAAGGUGUGGGAUUGCAAGGUGGCGCGGGUCCGGCAGCCUCUGGCCAUGCCGCCGCCUAG